GAGCAUAGAAAUUGCGGAGUGUAAGUAUGGCGAGAUUCAAUUGGUUCAUCCUCAAGGUCAUACGUUUCUGCCGUUCCUUUGCGCCCUAGCACUAUGCCGAUUGUUUCGCGUUCUCGCUAUGGAACAUGCGACAAGCUUACCGAUACGCACCUGAGAUGAGACUUUUGGUAGGUUGGAUGUAUCAUGCAAGCACAGAGUGGUCCGGUGUGGGAGAGUCCAAAAGCAUCUCGCAUUGGCUUCAAUCGACCUACCAUCAACUGCCGUCGUGUACAUCGCGAUCAUGGCUGCUGGUCACCACAUCACACCCAGCACAGCGCAUCGAGGCCCUGGUGCUACUGCAUCAAUCCUUACAUGGUUCUUGACAGUCACGGUCGUUCUUUCUGUCAUCGCUAGACUUGGAUUUCGGUUCAGUAAGCUCAAACUGCGAGCACGAGACGACAUCAGUCUUUGCUUUGCUGCUGCUUUCCAUAUCGCUCAAUGCAUAGCAGUGUCAGUAGCAGCAGAUGCUGGGCUUGGCCAACAUAGAAGUUCCUUGGUCGAUGCUCAGGUUUUGCGAUUCAAGAAGGCAAACUAUGUCGCCGACGUCUUUUUCGUGCCUACGCUUUGCAUGGCCCAAAUGUCAGCAUUCUUCUUGGUUGAGUCAAUACCGGCUUCAAAGACUGUACAGAAUGUCAUUCGGUACAUGAAUGUUGGGAACUUGACUUGGUCAGUGGUCGCAAUACUGUGUGUUGUCUUCCAAAGCAAGCCUCCUGAAGUCUGGGCUCUUCCGGCUACUAGCAUCAACAUGCAUAUUUUUUGGACCAUUGAGUGCGUCGUAGCAAUCAUCGUCGAGUUGACCUUGAUGUUCAUUCCAUUCUGGGUAGUUGCGCCUCUUCAAACAUCCAGAGCCAAGCGAACAACCAUUCUGGUCGCCUUCUCCUUUCGCAUCAUAGUCGUCGUGUCGCUUGCAGCACGCCUAGCCAUAAUGCCAUCCCCAGCCGACAUCGAAGCUAAUUUGACUCGCAGUCUGGCUGCUCCGGUAAUUGUGUCGCAAGCCGUAUUGUGCAGCGCGAUUGUCAUGACAUCCAUUCCUGUCCUAAGUCGCUUCCUCGAUCAAUUUGAAACUGGCAUGCUGCGUAUCGACGAGAAUCAAGGCACAGGACAAGGCAGCUCAAACCCCAUCGAAAGCCAUCGGAUGUCGAAUUUGACUAGUCGAACACGAGUUACGGCGGGCAAGAAAUUACAAUUUAGUACAUCUGUGUGGGAGGAAGAUGAGGAAGAGACGCUGCAGCCGGUAACGGCAAGCAAUGGAAACAAUACAAGGAGGAAGAUCAGUACGAGCAGCGAUACAAAAGGCAUCUUGAUAAGCAGGUCUUGGGAUUGUCAGUAUGAGCGCUCUGAGGAGGCGGGUUCGGAUGGUGAAAGGUCGGCACCUGUAUCACAAGUCAGCGCGAGGAUCUGAGGCAGCAGAAGAUGUCGUAUCAACCACUGUACCCGUAGCUAGAUUGUUUGCCAAGCAGAUCUUACAGCUGGAC